UAAUACAUUUAAGAGGUAAAUUGCAGUACCCUUUAUAUGGUAUUUGCCGUGUGCGCGCAGGCAGUAGAAUGCUGAAAAUCGAACCGGUGGUUUUAAACCAAGAGCAGCUUUUAGAAAUCACUCUAACGAUAUGCGCAAACACGGAACGUUGCUUUCUUUAGAAAACUUGCAGUUUUAGCGCAAAUGAACCAAUCUUCCAUGGCAAAGCCAAUGGAGAUUAACACAACAGGUGAUCAGGAUAUAUCAACAGAAAAAUAAUGACUUUCACCCUGCCGUGUGAUAUGCAGUGAUUUUUUGUAACUUGUAAUGUAGUUUCUCCCAAGGGGAUGUAGUGACAUGAGAGAAAUUUUAUACAUCGUAGUUAUUUUCCUUGGUAAUCUUGUUAAAAUGACAGGGUCCUGCACACUACCCGAUGAAUUGUCAGGAACCUGGCACAGCGCACAGAAAGGGCCUUUGACCUUCAACUCCACGCACAUCACGGGAUAUCCCAUAUUCAUGUCUGUAUCCGUGCAGUCCCUAGACUUUGAAUGCAUUGGAAAGAGUGACAGGAAAUACGCAUUUAAAUCGACAGAGACAGCAUUUAUUUUUGGAGGAAACUUUCAUGCUUACUUUUGUGUCGAGUUUUGGAGAGUUUCUGCAACAAAAUAUUAUUAUCUUCACAAUACACCAAUCUCAACGACCAACAAUGAUCACACCCGUGGAAGUCCGGAGGGGAUUUCUCUAGACACAUCUGCAGUCUGUAGUAUCUCAUCAGAUACCUCAUCAUUCGUCACAAUCGUCAAAGAUGGGUCCGUUGACGAUGGGUCCUCAGAAGCAACCUGUCCCCCGGACUUGCUGAACACCUUUUCCUCGGUCACCAUUAGUGAGCACAAUGACGCCUCCAGCUGCGCCAACAAUGUCAUGGACGGAUGCUCUUCCAAAACCGAAAUGGCCUUCACCUACGACCCUUCCUGUACGACAGCGCACAAGUUUUCUGUGGGUGGCUAUUGGACUUGCUUAAGAAGCAUCGCCAGCAAUGGGUACACGUAUGUUUCAUUGUGGAACAACGACACUACGAUUUCCUCGAGCUAUAUCCAACCUUACAACUUUGUAGCAGGCCAGACCUAUAGGUCUGCGUGCCUGGUUGUAAGCGGAACCUCGGCGACUUUGUUUCCUAAGAUUUGUUCCGAUUCCACGCAGACUCCGACGUCUGUGAGCUCUCCUGGCCUGAAGCUGACUUUCUCCGGUGCUUCUUCUUCAUGUAGUAUAACUACAGAGCCCGAAUCUGACCUUGUGUAUUACAUCAUUAUAAUUCUGGGUGCCUUGUUCAUUAUCUCGCUUGUGAUUCUACUGAUAAUCUUGUACAAAAAAGGUGUUUUCCGAAAGUGUAAACGGAGGUGCUGCAAAUCUUCGAAAGUUGGUCCACUGGAAAUUAUCAUGUCCAAACCGCCUUUAAAAGUACAACCGUUGUAUUUGGAUGAACCCCUAAGACGAGACAAAACUGACGUCAUCAGUGUGUUGGAAUUCAACACGAACUUUAAUUUUAAAUUAUAAACAGUGAUUUCAAUUCAUAUGGGGCAUAAGUGCGGUAAAAUAAACAAGUUUGGUAGGAACAGAUCAGACUGUUGUGUCUUUGUGCCCAGUGAACAAUUUUGCAAUAAUGUGUGCGUGGUUGGAAUUAUUGGAUUACGUAAUAAUGUCCUGUGUGUCGGACAAGGAACUCUUUUACAUUAAUUCAGUUUAUUAGUAGGAAUUUUAAAAAAAACUUUUGUCAGACCAUGGUGCUUCCUUUACAGGAUCAGAAUGUAUCACAGUGUGAAAUACCGAACACAAUAGCAACACGGAAAACACUAAUACAGUAUUAUGGAAACGUUUUGUUGCAUCCAGUGAAUAAUUUUAAAGUGUGGUGUUUGAUUUGAAAUAUUAUUAAGCUCAGUUUGAUACUUGCUAUAUCUUCUUGUUAAAGUUUUAAAUUUAUAUACAAUAUUAAAGUUCAUUUAUUU